AUGUUUCCUCAAAGAUACACACGUUUACCAGUACAUUGGGUAUACGAUCAGGAGAAGCUAGCAGCGGAGGUUUCCAAGCAUCCCACCCCGGAGUUCUUACCCGAGGGCAUCUGUCCCUACUACAAGCUACCAACGGGCAAGAACAGUGCCUAUGGAGACCAUCUAUAUGUGCUUCUCAAGUCAGUGGUUGAAAGCAAAGGUUUUGAUGUUGGAGCAUACAAGGCAGGGUUGAAGGCCAUGUUUGGCCCGGGGUCAGCCUAUGACUACCAGAGGCCAUCUGGUCAAGCGGAGGGACCGUACAUUCAUGGAUAUAUGAAGAAGUACUUGGCGAACAUCGCCCAGGAUAAAGAGGACACCGGAGAUACAGGCAGUACUGAUACUGAUGGAGUGAUCAAUUCAGCCGUAAUUGUCGCCCUCUAUGGCGGUGACCCUCAGAUGACCUCCAAGCUCGAGGAGGCGGUCAAGGUAGUGCAGAACACACCCAUCUGCAUCAAGUACGCCCUCACAGGUGCUAAGCUUCUUGAAGGAUUGAUCAUGAACGGACCCAACCCUAAUGCAGUGGGAGACCUGAAAGGAUUGGUAGAUAAUGAUGUGGCCCAGGAAAUCAGCAAGGCAGAGGAAAUGAAGGUUCACCCUCACAAUGUCGCUGCAAAGAGACUGGGAUAUGCAUGUUCCCUUCCAGGAGGCUUCUUGAGCAUGCUGCACUGUCUGCUGAACGCCAAGCCAGGGAAGUUCACUGAGUCCAUCCGCCCGACCCUCCUAGCGGGAGGAGACAACUGCUCCCGUGCGGCGAUGCUUGGGGCCAUCCUAGGGGCCCAGAUGGGUCUGGAGGGCCUCCCGAUGGACCUCUUGGCCAAGGUGGAACGCGGCCAGGAGGUCAAGGCUUUGGCAGAGCAGCUGGUGGCCAUGCGCCAAUCUUAAUGGAGGAGAGGGAUAGGAAAGAUGAGCUAUCAGCAGGAUAUUACAUGAAGGGAUGCAGUGUUUUUCAACCAGGGUGCUGCAGGACGUCUUGAGAGAAAUUAAUUAAACAUCUGUUUUGGGAUGAAAAAAAUUCAAUUUUGUUAAGAACAAAAAUCAUGAUUAGAAACUGCUAUGUAUUUAAAUGAAGAAACAACUUUUUGAAGACAAUUAAGUGUCCUUUUUCCUCGCUCUCUUAGCUCACUCGCAACAUUUAGAAACAGUAUGAUUUUAGGCAGUGAAGUGCCUGAAUAUCUCUUUUAACACUGAGGUUUCUGAAUAUUGUUACAUUAUUUGAAAUAACCUGUCUUUAUUACUCCAUCUCUCGCCCGUGAUGUGAUAAUGAGCUAGUGUAUCUAGUGAAUGCCUUCAUGACAUCUCCAAUAAAUAACAUACCAAGUUACGCCCAAAUGUAUCAUAUUUAUAAAAAAAAACAUAAGUCACGCACAGAUAUCUACUGGUGUUUAGUACAUUAUAUUCAGAUAUAAUAUUUAAUCUAAUGUGGUUUUUGUGUUUCUAUAUUUAGAUAUGUGUCUAUUUUCUUGGAAAUGCAUACCUUGAGCCCUCUCAUCACUUGUCUCUUCUGUUUUCAGACAACCAAAGUGUGUAACUUCAAUUCAAAUUAACUAAAUAUCAUUCAAAGUAUACUCCUAGUGUUUGUAUUCACUCAAAAAUGAGAGUUGUAUUUGUAUCAUCUGUACUAUGUUAAAGGGUAAAUCUGUUUGAGGUUCCGGGUUCCGGGUCAACUCUCAGCCAGGCCCACGUACGUCACAACAAGGUGACAUUAGAUUAUACAAUCAUAUCGUCCUGUACUAUACAACACACCGCUAGCAACAGUAUCGAUACAAAACUAGAUGAUAAAGUACUUGUGACAAACACUGUCAUAGGUUUUAAUCAAAUUUCUAUAAGAACAAACCAUCUGAUUUCAAGAUAAUCAUUAUAUAUAAGGGCCAAGAGAAUCAUUAUAGCAGCUAGAGGCUGACAACGUGGCUCUUACUUUUGCUAGAUAAUGGGAAAUAGUUGUUUGAUGACUCGAAAUGAUUGUCAUUAUGCAAAGGAUAAAAAUAAUGAUAUUCAUAAUACAACUCAAUUGAAAUCAUUGAGUAUAAUAUUUCAUUUAUUUUACUGGAUUUAUUGACAGCACAUGUAUUAGUUUUAUGCAAUCUUGUUUUCUUAUCGUAAGAAAAGAUGCAAUUUCAACCCCACCUGUGAUGAAUAUGUAGAAUUGUAGAAAUUGUAGAAAUGUAUUGUGCCAUAUUUUUAUAGUCAUAACCUUGAUCAAGUAUAAUUACUAGGAAUACGACCGCGGAAAUACCAAAGGAAAUGUGUGUAAUAUAUGUAUACAUAUGUAUCUGUGUUAAGAGGUUUCUACAUUUAUCUUUGAAAGAAUAUGUCCAUGUUCUGCAUUGCUUUUGUAUAGAGUAAGGCUUAUUCAGUUUUCAUUAUUUGUGUUGUUACUUUGUGUGAAAAAGUAUGCAAAUUUAUAAGCAUAUUUAUAGCAAAUAUAAUCGAGUCCACCUUGAGCAAUAACUGUAUACAUUUCUUCAGAGUGCAAUUCUGUUACUGAUAGAGAUCAAUUUAAUUGUAUUUAACUUGUAGGAUCAAAUCCUUUUAGAAUUUUAAAUUUCAUAUAUCAUUAAUCACUCUCGUGUUUGUUUGUGUAAUCAAGUUACUUAUGUCAGACCAGGGAGAUGUCAGUUAUAGCUGACAUCUGACAAUCGAUCUGUGAAAGGAAGUACAUAGCUGACAACCAUUCCUAUUUUGGAGGAAUGAUUGCUGUUAUUUGGCCUUCAAGCUACUGUUUUGAACCCUAGAUGCCUCACUUUUCCUAAUAUAUGGCCCAGCUUUUCAGCAGUCCCCUCCAUGACCAGCCUGCUUUAUAUGCCUGUUGUAUACUAGGGACCAAUUACAAAUAUAUUGUUAAGUUUCAUUGUUUUACUAUGUACAAUGCAAUCCCAUGUACUUUAUUUAUUUUGUUGGAAAUGGAAAUAAACAAAAUGAAAAUGAAAAAUAUUCUGUGUGAAAAGAAUACAAAAUAGACUGUAUUCCUAAUUUUGCCUGGGAAAAUCCCAACAUUUUGGUGUGAAAGGUUGGCAGGUAUGUUACCCAAAACAUGUUUUGAAGUUUCAAGCGAAAUGUUUGUUACUUUGUGU